AUGUUCUCCAAGGCCACCUUCGCCAUCUUUGCCCUCGCCCUCGUCGCAACCGCAGCACCAGCGACCGAAAUCGAAGGUCGCGCUGCGGAGAUCAGUGGUCGGGCUACCUACUACCUCCCCGAGAACAACUACGGCGCCUGCGGGACCAGGAUCAAGAACACGGACUACGCCGUUGCGCUCUCGAGCGACCAGUAUGGGGGCGGAUCGCACUGUGGCAAGAAGCUGAAGGCUAGUUCCCCUCCCCACCCAGACAACGGCCACUCCGUCACCGUCACCGUGCGCGACCUCUGCCCCGGCUGCGCAGCGAACAGCCUCGACCUCACGUCCUCGGCGUUCCAGCAACUCGCAGCGCUGAGCGUGGGGAAUAUCCCGGUCACUUGGAACUGGGUGUAG